AUGGAAUCACCAUCUUGGAUGUUCAGUAAAGCAUUAUCACAUCGCCAGAAAGUAUGUCGAUUAUUCAAACGGGCUAUGCGUGAAGUAGAUGGUUAUUAUGGCAUGGAUGUUUUGGAAGCUCGUUACCAAAAGGUAAUAAUGCGAGCUCGUUUUGAUGCGUACAAGGAAGAAAGUGAUCCUGACAAAGCUCGAUUGAUAUAUUUGGAUGGUUGUCGUCAAGUAUGGGAACGGAAGCAUUGGACCACUUUUCGUUUUGCCUCAGAUAUCGGUGGUGCGGCAUAUAAUCGUGAUACGCAUAAUAUGCCUGAUGCGAUGCUUGAUAGUACAACGUGGACAAAUGUUGAACGUGAGCAAUUUCCUUACUACUUCAAUCGACGUGAGCAAAGAAAGAAAGAGUUGCUUGCUCAGUGGUCUAAAAUUGAGAAAGAAUGGGAUGAUGAAUUGGCUAAAAUUCAAACUGAAUUACCUGAAUCCGCGGAAGAAGUUAAACAAAAAUAA